AUGGUAGCUGUCUUGGUAAUCCUCAUGAGGGCCAAUGGAUCCCAUGUUUUUAUGGUUACAUUGGGGAUAAAAAAUAUCUUGUAUGCUGAACUUAUUGCCAUGUUGCAAGGCCUAUCCACUGCUUGGAACAUUAACUCGGCCAAGGUUGUUUGUUUUUCAGAUUCUAAACAUGCUGUUGACUUUGUCAACGAUGCCAAUUCAGUGUUUCAUCAUUAUGCAGCUGUUAUCAGUAACAUCAUGGACCUCCUUAAUAGAUUGUGGCAGGCUAUAAUCCAUUCUCUGUGUGAAAGAAAUCAAGUUGCAGAUUUCUUGGCCAAGACGAGGGCUAAAGGGUGA